AAUUUUGACCUAAUAUCUUAUGUGACACGAAGCUUCGAAGUUCAUUAAAUGUAUAUCUGUAAUAUUUUUUUUUUGACAGCGUUAAUUCGAUUUAUUCCAUAAUUUGACGCAAACAACUGAUAACGAAAUGGAAGAAAAUGACGAAAUAGAGACUUUAGAUAUCAUUAUUGUUUUCUUGUUCGUACUUAAUUUCUUAACGCAUCAUUGGUUCUGAUACGGUUCUACCUUCUUGAUUUAAGUGAUCACGCUUAAGUUCACCUAAAUUUUAUAUUUAAAAGAGAUAAGACAAUUGGAAAUUAUCCAAAGGGAUUGAAAAAUUUCCACGAGAUCGCACGAUGAUACGACGAAGUCCGACUCGGAUAGAAAUGCGUCUGGACGAUCUGCAGGUGUACGAGGAGAUAAGGAAAGCGCACGAGUCCAAGAAGGAUCCCGAGAGAAAGGCUUCGUCGUCCAUGAACCCGCCCGCAUGGGGCGGCAAGCUACCUCAGAGCGAGAUUCAGGAGCGCAUCGGUUACGUGCCGCAACAUCCGAUCGCGCACAAUCGGGCCGCAACAUAGCAGUCGACUCCGGAUACGAAUCGCAGUACGAACGAACGGUCGAAUUAUGCAUUCCAACAUAAUUCUGAUUUCGAACAAUUGGGUCACACGAUUGGGUUUGCGAUUCACACACGCGAUGUAUUUACGCAAAUUACGGCUAUUUCUUUUUAUCUGGCGAAUCGGCUCUCUGCAAUUAAUCACACAUCGGUUAUGAUCGAGAAAUCAUUAAUCCUAAGAGAGCAAUUUUUACAAUAUUAUGUUGUUUUUAUUUACAAUGUAACUGCUAUGAGUGAAAUAUAAUACAAGGGUUAAUGGACGAUAUCCACGUUCUUCUUCUUCUUCUUCAUCUUCAUUGGCAUGGGUCCUGGCAUUUUGAAUACCGUGCUU